CAGAUCGGGGGUCUAAAAGGACAACUACUAGCCCGCCUCACGGACUCAUACUGGGCCUCGACACCCACCACCUCCAUCACUCCGUCCCAGCCCUCCCUUUCCUUCGUAGGGUGCCUUCCUCAAGUUGCCAAGGGACUUCCGGAGCUCAACCGGAAUCGGAAGCUUCUGGGAGCGAGGGGGUGGAGAAGAAAAAUCAAAAAAAGCGCGGUAAAAGCUGGAGGACGGUGGUUGUACCCGCUCCAAGCGCCCUACGGCGGGUCCGGAUGGACUCCACCGCCUGCUUGAAGUCUUUGCUUCUGACCAUCAGUCAGUAUAAAGCCGUUAAAUCCGAGGCAAACACCGCUCAGCUUUUGCGGCACUUGGAGGUAAUUUCUGGACAGAAGCUCACUCGAUUGUUUACAUCAAAUCAGAUACUACCAAGUGAAUGCUUAAGUUGCCUUGUAGAACUACUUGAAGACCCAAACAUAAGUGCCCCACUGAUCUUAAGUAUCAUCAAUUUGCUAUCUCAACUAGCUGUAGACAAUGAAACCAGAGACUGUCUUCAGAAUACAUACAACCUAAAUAGUGUGCUGGCAGGAGUGGUUUGUCGGAGUAGUACUUGCCACAAUGAUUCAGUGUUUUUGCAGUGCAUUCAGCUUCUGCAGAGGUUAACAUACAACAUCAAAAUUUUGCAUUCUGGUGCCAAUAUAGAUGAAUUAAUUACAUUCCUGAUAGAUCAUAUUCAGUCUUCUGAAGAUGAGUUGACAAUGCCUUGUCUAGGAUUAUUGGCAAAUCUUUGCCGGCACAAUCUUUCUGUUCAAACGCAUAUAAAGACUUUGAAUAAUGUGAAAUCUUUUUAUCGAACUCUUAUAAGCUUCUUGGCCCAUAGUAGUUUAACUGUGGUUGUGUUUGCACUUUCAAUAUUAUCCAGUUUGACAUUAAACGAAGAGGUUGGGGAAAAGCUGUUCCAUGCACGAAAUAUUCAUCAGACAUUUCAGCUAAUAUUUAAUAUUCUCAUAAAUGGGGAUGGCACACUGACCAGAAAGUAUUCAGUUGAUCUACUGGUGGAUCUUCUUAAGAAUCCUAAAAUUGCUGAUUAUCUUACCAGGUAUGAGCACUUUUCUUCAUGUCUUAAUCAAGUAUUAGGUCUUCUUAAUGGAAAGGAUCCUGAUUCUUCUUCAAAGGUUUUAGAAUUACUUCUUGCCUUCUGUUCAGUGACUCAGCUGCGCCACGUGCUCACACAGAUGAUAUUUGAGCAAACUCCAUCUGGCAGCACCAUUCUGGGAACCCGUUCUAAGUGUUUAGAACCUACUGUAGCUCUACUUCGUUGGUCAAGCCAGCCUUUGGAUGGAUCAGAAAACUGUUCUAUUUUAGUGCUGGAGUUGUUCAAGGAAAUAUUUGAGGAUGUCAUAGAUACUGCUAACUGUUCCUCAGCUGAUCGUUUUGUGACUCUUCUGCUGCCUACAAUCCUUGAUCAGCUUCAGUUCACAGAACAAAAUCUAGAUGAAGCCUUAAUAAGGAAAAAAUGUGCAAGAAUGGUCAAGGCCAUUGAAGUUUUGUUAACUCUGUGUGGAGAUGAUACUCUAAAAAUGCAUGUUGCAAAAAUUCUUACUACUAUCAAGUGUACCACUCUGAUAGAACAACAGUUUACAUAUGGCAAGAUUGAUAUGGGCUUUGGAACAAAGGUAGCAGAUUCUGAAUUAUGCAAACUUGCUGCUGAUGUGAUUUUGAAAACUCUUGAUUUGAUGAACAAACUUAAACAGUUGGUUCCUGGUAUGGAAGUAAGCUUCUACAAAAUCCUUCAGGAUCCUCGCCUGAUUACUCCCUUGGCUUUUGCUUUAACAUCAGAUAAUAGAGAACAAGUGCAGUCUGGAUUGGGAAUAUUAUUGGAAGCUUCUCCACUGCCAGAUUUUCCUGCAUUAGUACUUGGAGAAAGUAUAGCAGCAAACAAUGCCUAUAGACAACAGGAAACAGAACAUAUGCCUAGAAGAGUGCCUUUGCAGUCAUUAAAUCACAGUUUUCCAACAUCGGUAAAAUGUUUAACUCCUCCACUUUUGAAAGAUAGAGUUCCUGGAUUGAACAUUGAGGAAUUAAUAGAGAAACUUCAAUCUGGAGUUGUGGUAAAGGAUCAGAUUAAUGAUGUGAGACUAUCUGACAUAAUGGAUGUGUAUGAGAUGAAACUAUCCACAUUAGCUUCCAAAGAAAGCAGGCUACAGGAUCUCUUAGAAGCAAAAGCUCUAGCCCUUGCACAGGCUGACAGACUGAUUGCUCAGUAUCGCUGUCAAAGAACUCAAGCUGAGACUGAGGCUCGGACACUUGCUAAUAUGUUGAGAGAAGUUGAAAGAAAAAACGAAGAGCUUGCUGUGUUGCUGAAGUCACAGCAGGUUGAAUCGGAAAGAGCCCAGAGUGAUAUUGAGCAUCUCUUUCAACAUAAUAGGAAGUUAGAGUCUGUGGCUGAAGAACACGAAGUUCUGACAAAAUCCUACAUGGAACUUCUUCAGAGGAAUGAAACUGCUGAAAAGAAAAACAAAGAUUUACAGGUCACUUGUGAUUCUCUACAUAAACAAAUUGAGACUGUGAAAAAGCUGAAUGAGUCACUCAAGCAACAAAAUGAAAAAACUAUUGCCCAAUUGAUAGAGAAAGAAGAACAGAGAAAAGAAGUACAGAACCAACUAGUAGACAGAGAAUGUAAGCUAGCAAACCUAGAACAAAAAAUAAAAGUACAGGAAGAAAAGAUUAAAGUCUUACAAAGAGAAAAAGAAGACAAAGAGGAAACCAUUGGUGUCCUUAGAAAAGAAUUAAAUAGAACAGAUCAGAUAAGAAAAGAAUUGAGCAUUAAGGCUUCCUCCCUGGAAGUUCAAAAGGCUCAAUUAGAAGGUCGUUUGGAAGAGAAAGAGUCCCUGGUAAAACUUCAGCAAGAGGAGUUAAACAAACAUUCUCAUAUGAUAGCAAUGAUCCAUAGUCUAAGUGGUGGGAAAAUAAAUCCAGAAACUGUGAAUCUCAGUAUAUAGACACUAUGUGUUUUAUCUACUGGCAGGGUGGGGGAGGAAAGCUAAUCUGUGACUCCAAAACAAGAGCAAAUUAUUAUCUAAUUAUUAAUUUAGUAAAGAACCUGAUCUGACACGUGUUUUUAUUUGGUCUUAAAUUUUUUACUUCCUCUUUCUGUAUUUUACUGCUUAAAACUUUCUUUAGUUCUUCAGAAUAUUCUUCUUAACCUUCAUUAUUUUUUCUAAGGUUUUUUUUUCCCUCUUCAUUAGUUGCUUUCCACUGUCUUCUGCUUGUUUACUCUCAUUUGUGAUUAGGUUUUUAAAAUCAGGCAUCAGUGAACUUUUCUUUCUCCUUUUAUUGAAAUAUAGUUGACACAUUUAUAAAUUAUAUAUAGUUGACACAUUGUAUAAAUUUAAGAUAUACAACAUAAUAAUUUGCCUUAUGAACUGAUGACCAUAAUAGGUUUAGUGAACAUCCAUUAUCUUAUAUAAAAACAACAUUAAAGAAACAAAAAAGUUGUUUUUCCUUGUGAAGAGAACUCUUAGGAUUUACUCUCUUAACAACUUUAAUAUGUAAGUUAAAGAAAGCAGUGUAAAUUCUCUUUAUCAUGCUGUAUGUUACAUCUUCAGUACUUACUUACCUACAGCUGGAAAUGUAUAUCCUUUGAUCACCUUCAUCUGAGUCUCCCUUCACCCCUAUUCAGUGAAUUUAAAAUAACUUUAUUACUGCAUUUAAAAUGUAGUAAGAUACAUGGUGUAAGUUCUAAAUUUUUUUAAAAAUACAGUAAAUAUUUGUAGAAAUAAUGUAUAAAUAUUUAAAAAUAGCUGUUGUAUUGUCUAUAUUGUCACAUAAAAACCUGUAGUAACUUACAGAAUUAUUUAUGGAUACCUUUAGUUUUAUUCUUUAAAAUGUUACAUGUUCGCCCACCAGUAUCAUUUUCAGUCAGUUAUGAAUUUCUUAUUAACAUACAGAUAACUUGGAUUCUACCUUUGCCACAUAUUCAGAAAUUUAUUGUUAAAUUCUGAUUUAAAUUUCAUUUAAUAUAUCAUCUUUUAUUGAAAUAGUUUUACAUUAGGCCAUUUAAUUUUAAAGCGUAACUUUAUCCUCAUUCAUGUAUUUCUUUUAUACAAGGGAAUUUUUUAGUACUCUGUUUUGAAUUGAAUGUUUUAAAUAGUCUUUAAGAAGAAUUUGUAUAUUUGUAUUUUGGUUGAUUUUAUUACUAUGCUACUACAACCAUUGAUUUUACUUGGUGUAUUCCUCAUUAUUUGUAUCUCUAUUUGACUUAGGUAAACUUAGAUUUACUUCUGUUUUUUAACCAUAGUAUAUCUGAAUUUUUAUUUAGAAAAUACAUUUUUUGUAAUUCACUAGUUACACUAAACAAUAUCAAACUAAUAAGUUUCAUAUAUUUGUAUGCAUUUUGUAUAGUUCUGAAAUUUUUUCAAAAAGCAUCGUGUCAUAUAUUACAUUUUAAAUUGCUAUGCAUUCCUUAAGGGGUAUAGUCUAUUCAAGAUACUGAGCCUAGCCCAGUGCUACCCAGUAGAAUUUUUUGUGAUGAUGGAAAUGUUCUUUGUCUGCACUAUACAGUACCAUAGCCUUUAGCCAUGUGUGGUUAAUGAGCACUUAAAAUGUGUCUAGUGCAGUGGAAGAAUUGAAUUCUUAAUUUUAUUUAAUUUUAAUUGAUUGUAACUUUAAUUUCCAUCCAACUGCACAGUUCAGAUAUAGACUAUUUUUGCAAGUAUUUGUUUAUUUAAGCCACUCAAUUUGCCUAUUCUUAAAAACCUGUGUAGGCAGAGACUUCAUGUAGUUUUCAGCCUUUUUUUUUAAUAAAAUAGUUUUAAUCUGUUAAUCUCUUCUCUCUAAAGAAAAAAACCCAUAUUUCAGAUUUAACAGUGAGUACUAAUUGUCAUCCAUCUUCAUUUCUGUUUUUUCCUAGUUUUUCUGUCUCUUGUAGCAUGUUUCAUAUUCCUGUUGUUUGUCUUAACCUUAGUAUGUUGGGUACUUUUUUUUUUUUUUUUUUUUUUGCUUUUUGGUUCUGUACACACCUCAAUCAAAACCCAAGUGUGUGUGUUUAUGUGUGUAUAUGUUCUUUUGUAAGAAAGAUUAAUAUUAAUCUAUCUUAAGCAAAUUUGAAUCUCUGCUAUAGUCAGAGUUUUACAAAUGAUUCCUAUUGUGUAUGUUCAUUUUCUGAUGAAGAAUACAAGUAAGUGAAUAAAUAUAUCAUAUUGGAGUUGUUCAUAUUCUUUAAGAAUUUUGCUAUGAAGUUUGAAUUCAAGUAUACAUUAACACAAUUCCUUGUAACCAUUUGCAUUUGUUACUUGAACAAAUAGAGUUUUCUUAAAAUUUGGCUGGUUGGAGUUUAUACUAUACUGUCACCCAUUUAAUGUCAGGGCAAAAAAUAAGUCAUGAAAACCUAAUGCUCUGUUUUAGAGAAACGUUGUCAGAUUGGUAUCCUUUUAGUUUCAUUUAUUGUGUGUUGCAAAAACUAGUUGCCUGUGUUAAAAAUAUAUUGAGGUUCUGUCUUGAGCUAGGACUGUUCAUUAAAUGAAAAUAUAACUGAAUUUCAA